UUAACUUUCACUAAGUCUGCCGACAAUUGCUUGACUUCAGCCGUUUACCACUUGAGCAAUUCGCCUCUUUCAAAGCCGUUAUUGUAACUAUUGUAUCAUAAAUCGAUUAUUAUCCAUUACAUUUAUAAGAACAGCGCCGAAUUUUUCUUGUUUACGAUUCAAUUCAGCGAAUUGAAGGAAAACUUAGGUUGCUGUGUGUAAUGGAAAAUAUCAAGGUAGCAAAGGUCGAAAAUGUGAAGUUUUUAAAUAAAGGCAAUGAAAUAAGUGGAACGCUUCACUUAACUGCUUAUCAUUCUAUUUUCUCUGAUUUGGAAGGAAAAAGAGAAAUAUGGACAGCUUAUUCCAUGAUUAAUUGCGUUCGUCUAUGCCUUAAUGAAAAAACGUACUGCAUCCGAAUUCAAUGUAGGGACUUUAUGUUUUACUGUUUGAAAUUUCAAAACUCUACAGACGCUAUGGAUGUUUACGAUACCUUGCGAGAACUAAUACCAGUAUCUUCUGUUAGCCGUCUGUAUGCUUAUCAUUAUAUGCCCACUGGGGAAGAGGGAAAGGUUCAAUCUGGAUGGAACUUGUUUCUGCUUGAGAAUGAAUAUCGCCGUAUGGGUGUAGGUGACUCGAGCCGUGCGGAAGGUGCUGGAGCAAACUGGAGACUUACGAAAAUUAAUGAAAAUUACAUGGAGUGUCAAUCGUAUCCUCAAAUAUUAGCAGUUCCAACGAGUGUAUCAGACAGCGUUAUUCAUUAUGGUUGCAAAUACAGAUCGAAAAACAGGUUUCCUACAUUAACUUACCUUCAUAAAAAUUCUUUUUCUAUUACUCGUGCAUCUCAACCUUUGGUAGGUCUUCGCCAGAAUCGGAGUGCACAGGACGAAAAAAUUGUUGAAGCUAUUUUUGCUACUUCUAUUAUACCAGGAAAAGAAAACCUAAUCGUGGACGCUAGACCGUCUACAAAUGCUAUGGCAAAUAUAGCAGUUGGUGCAGGAAGCGAAAAUAUGGAUCAUUAUCGAUUUGCAAAGAAAAUAUAUCUAGGAAUCGACAAUAUUCAUGUUAUGCGCGAUUCUUUGAGUAAGAUUGUGAAUGCACUUCGAAAUACAGAUAUUAGUGCAGUACCACCAUCCGUUGAGCAGCUGAACAAAUCAAAUUGGCUAAAACACUUAACAAAUAUAUUGCAAGGGGCCGUUUUAAUUAUUGAAACUGUACACUUUCAUCAUGCUCAUGUACUAGUGCAUUGCUCAGAUGGCUGGGAUCGGACUUCUCAACUGUGUGCUCUUCCACAACUUUGCCUUGAUCCAUACUAUCGAACCAUCCAAGGAUUCAUGAGCUUAAUUGAAAAAGAUUGGUUAGCGUUCGGACAUCGGUUUGCUGAACGGUGUUGUCAUUUGCCUGGAAAAAGGAUAUUUUCUACGGAUAAUUCUUCUCCGGAAGAACAGCACUCUAAUUCAGUGGCAAGUUCUACACUUCAAUAUACAUUCUGCACUUUUCGGUCGGCUCUUAGUGGGUUCGCGAUUGAUCACUCGGAAAAGAUGAGCUCUCCCGUCUUUCAUCAGUUCUUGGAUUGCGUAUGGCAAAUCAUGAGGCAAUUCCCAAAGUAUUUUGAAUUUAACGAACGAUUUUUGCGUCGACUUUUAUAUCACUUGUAUUCUUGCCAAUAUGGGUCUUUCUUGUAUAAUUCUCAGCGCGAGCGUAAACAAUCGGCUGUGUCUCAACAUACUCGUUCUAUCUGGGAUUAUUUUAUAUCUAGGAAAGAGGAAUUUACAAAUCUAGAUUACGAAUGUUAUGAUGAUGUUUUACUUCCUAAUGCAACUGAUCUUAAAUGGUGGGCGUCCUCUUUCGGUCAGCCGGAUGAAAACAUGAAUGUUGCUUUGUCCGAAACUUCUUCUAGUGCUCCUCUUCUUUCGUCGUCCACUUCUCAGUCUCCUUCUGUUCCCGUAUGAACUCACGAAACCAUUGUUUGAAGGAUGGAGAAAAUAUAUGAUAUGUUAUCCUCUCAUCUCACUAGUUGACCAUUGAUGUACUUAGUAUCUCUGAUUGAACGAUUAUUUCUGCUAAUUUAUUUUCGUUCUUUUUAUUUCGUAUUUCUCGAGUGGAACUUGCUUAUCGAGGCAGAUGAUGAUGUCUUGAGAGUGAUUCUGUCUCCUGAUUUCUUCACAUUAUAGAAUCAUGCUUUACGAGAAUCUUUCCGUCUUUAUCACCAGUCCUUUUCUGCGAUGCUUAAGUCUCUGUUGGGAAUGAUUAGAUUAUACUUUUUUGUUGUUUUUAUUUCCUCCGAUUCUUGCGAAUUCUCUUUUAGGGGUACUUUAACAUGUCCCGCUGUUUCCAGCGAAUUGACGAAUUAUGAAAUCUUCUAACCUUUGCUAAUGUUUUAUGCAUCCUUUCUUUUUGAUAAGUCUAGUCUAGUCCGUCUAGCUUUCGUAUGAUCAAACUGCUUUGAGUAUGCACAUUGCUUUCUCGUAUUUCUGUUUACAAUGAACAGGAUCUUUCUAUUAUUAUUUUUUUAUUGUAAUACAUAUUCAUAAUAUCAUUUACAUACCAAUGAAAUUUUCCUGCGAAGUCUCCU